ACCUCAGAGGGUCAGCUGCUGAUUAUGGAGACUGUGUUAGGCUCAGGUUAAAUAUUUUUAGGGAUGGAGCAGAUAGUGCUGAGCUACGGAGAUUGCCUCUUACGAUCUUCGGAUGUUGCUCUUCUCGAUGCCCCACACUGGCUGAAUGAUAACGUCAUUGGGUUUAUCUUUGAGUACCUGGCCUCCAAUCUACCUCAGUCCCUAUCAGAGCGAAUCGCUUUCCUCAGUCCUGAAGUGAGCCAGUUCAUUAAAUGUUGUGAACGAGAUGCCCCAGAAUUCUUGGGACCGCUGGACCUUCCCAGCAAAGAACUUAUCUUGUUACCUGUCAAUGAUAAUGCAGGGUCAGAAGCUGGGGGCACGCACUGGAGUCUUCUAGCCUACGUCCGCCAGUUCCAAAGCUACCUUCACUAUGACUCUGCAUCGGGAACAAAUGCACCACACGCCAGACUUAUGGCCAGGAGUUUAAGUCCUCUGCUUCGUGAUAAUCCAUGUUAUCGUGAGGAGAAUGCUCCUACCCAGCACAACAGCUAUGACUGUGGGAUGUAUGUAGCGUGCGUAGCAGAAGCUUUGUGUGAGCAGCUCUUGCAUGGUCAGGACAGUCUAAUCCUGCAGAAAAUCACACCCCAGUAUGUAACCCAGAAACGGUCUGUGUGGAAAGAGACCAUUAAUGGACUAAGCCGUCUUUCUAACAAACAGUGCCUUUAAGAAGAGGAGAGGCACCCACUCUUAGUCACAAUAGUAACUUAUACCACAAACAAAUAUAGGUUUUAUUUAACUAGAAUACAAGGCAUACAGGUCUUUGAGGAGGGCACAUUGGCAGUGAACAAUACUAGCAGCAUAUAUCUGGUUUGGAUUCUAGAUAGAAUGAUUUUACUCUACAUGACUCUUUAAAUGCUGCAGUGAUCUUUAACCUCACUACAU